AUGUCCGGUGUCUUUAUACCCAUCUUCCCUAUCUGCUUCCAGUUGGGAACGACGCAGAAUCCAUGUCGGUGCAAGGUUGUGGGGCCGACGCUGGGAUUUGUGCUAUUCAUUGUCUCUGCUGUCGUAUGUUGGCCUGCAUCACUGUUCUGUGGAUGCUGGGCUACCAAGACUGGAACUGAUGUCCUGGGAUAUCCAGCGAAGCUGAACGGGGAGGUCAGCCAAGGCAUUCCGUUUUAA